AAAAAAAAAAAAAAAAAUUCUUUCUGCUUACUCUGAUCACUUUCUGGGUUUCCUUUGAGUCCGCUCAAUCUGCCGAUCUCGGUUAGGUUCAGUUUCAGCGUUACUUUUUUUUGUCAAUCACCUUUCCCUUGUGUGCCGGAGUGUGUAAGAGAGAGAGACGGAGAGAGGCGGAGAAUCGGGAGAAAUCUUGGGAGAGAUGGAGGAGAUCCAACAUUUUAGCCACAAGAAGCAUCCCUUGAUCUUUGUGGAAGACUUACAAAAUGAUGGCGAAAAUGAAGUUGUUUGCUCUGGGUGCGAUAAAUCGGUAUGCGGUCCUGCCUACAAAUGCUCUGACUGCAACUUCUUUCUCCACAAGUCAUGCGCUGAGUUACCCACUGAGAUACAACACCCUGUGCAUCCAAACCACACCCUCGUUCUUGAUGCGCCAUCAAAGAUUAGAUUUUGUGAUGCGUGCCUCAAGUGUUGCGAAAGAUGCUUCGCCUAUGAGUGCCGUAGUUGCAAUUUCGACCUUGACAUUGAGUGUGCUUCCGGUUGGCAAACUAAACCUGACGACUGUCACCAACAUGAAUUUGUUCCUAUCAUGAAGCACAUUCCGUUCACCUGUGAAGUCUGUGGUGAGGAUCGCAACAGCGGCGCCCAGAUAUGUCGCAUUUGUCAACUCUUUACUCAUGCUAUAUGUGCUCAAAGGCCGCGUAGCAUAAGAAUUAUGGCAGAUCGUCAUUUGCUCACGCUCAUCUAUUCACUUGCUAAAGUCAUCAAGGAGCAUGAGGAUGAUCAUGUAUUCUGUCAGCUUUGCUACAAAAAGCUCAGCCUCAAGUAUGCGGGUUAUUAUUGUCAACAAUGUGAUUUCGUAGCCCACUUGAAAUGCGCACAGAGAAAUCGGAAUAUUGGAGCAAGUAGUGAUACCAUAGAGGGGGAGGAGGAGGGUAUCGAAUUUGAAGAGGGUGAAGAACGUGAGGAGCUCAAACAUUUGGAUCAUGAACAUAACUUAAUCCUCACCCGCAACCAACUCGAGGUUCAUCAUAAUAAGCUCUGUGAAGGUUGUAUCCAACCUAUAAUUACCGCCCCAUUUUAUAGUUGUGAGCAAUGCAAUUACUUUCUCCAUAGCGCAUGUGCUCGACUACCCUUAAAGAAGCGACUCCCAAGUCACCGACAUCUGCUUACCCUCUAUGCAAGGGGAGAUCACUGCAUUAAUGGUAUCUUUCCUUGCAUUGCUUGUAAGCGCUUUAGCAAUGGCUUCGUUUAUGGAUGUCAAGAAUGUGAUGGUUACUACUGCCUUGACAUCCGAUGUUGUUCAAUUCCAAAAAUGAUUAAAAAUGAAGGUCACCAACACUCCCUCUUCCAUGCUAUAAGUUCACUAGAAGAUUGCAAUGCUUGUGAUUCGAGGUGCCACCCUAAUGGUGUAUUUGUAUGCAAGGAAUGCGAUUUUGCUUUGGGUUUUGAAUGUGCGACACUCCCACUCAAAGUUAAGUAUGAACAUGACCCACAUCUUCUCUCACUCACUUACACGGCUGAAAACGAUUCUGAAGAAUAUUAUUGUCUGAUUUGUGAAGAAGAAAGAAAUCCAAACCAUUGGUUCUAUUACUGUGUAGAAUGCAACUUUGCUGCUCAUAUUCGAUACGUAAUUGGGAACUAUCCCUACAUAAAGUAUGGAAUAAAUUUUACUCGAAAAGAUCACCAACAUCCUCUCAAUUUUGUCUGGAAAACUAAGAAUUCUCGACCGUGUGAUGUCUGCCAUGAAACUUUCAAGGGAGAUAUGGCCCUAAAUUGUACACAAUGCAAAUUCGUCAUCCAUCUGCAGCCGAGAUGUAUGGGCAAAUUACAUUUUGAUCCAUGGACAAAGUCAGAGAUGUAUUACAUGCAUCAUUGGAGUUUGUUGUGCUAGCUAGCACAUUUGACAUUUGUGUCUACGCUAGAAAGAGAUCCUCGUAAUUGUAAAAUUUAUUUCAUUAGAACUAUUAAUUCUGCCUC